GAGACGCGUGCAGUUUGCACUGACCAGAGAUUGUAGUAUCGUUGUUACUAUGUUGGCAUGAGGAUCAAGUCUCGUGAGUAGCGGUGGAACCAACGUGCUGAUUAUGCUUAGAUAAACCAACGCAACUCCCUGACAAUUUGUGUGAUAAUGGCAUGCGAUGGUUCGAUUGACGAUUUUCCGGACAAAGUGUUGUUGACCGGAUCACCGUCUUCAUGCACGUGCAUCAAUACGUGCAAAACCCACAACAGAAGAAGUAGCAGCGUGAGCAACAUCAGUGUGGUUUUCCUCGGCUUCUUUAUUUUGUCUCUGUCUCUGCACGUUAUCACGCUGCUGUGCUAUCUGGAUCUCCGGUCCGAAGUGAAGCGGGAGAUUUCUCAGCGGAGAGGAGUGGACGAAAAGUUGACCCUCGGUGGAACGGAUGUGACUGACCCGUUGAUCCUCUCCGAUCACCGAGUGAUGGAACCCGGCGCCCGGGCACAGGGUCACGAGGAGAGGUUGCUCCACAGACAGCCGGAUGGCCACCCCACCAGACCCCCCACAGCCCCAGGGGACAGCAGCAGUAUUCACGGACAGCCGGGUGGCCACCCCACCAGACCCCCCACAGCCCCGGGGGACAGCAGCAGUAUCCACAGACAGCCGGGUGGCCACCCCACCAGACCCCCCACAGCCCCAGGGGACAGCAGCAGUAUUCACGGACAGCCGGAUGGCCACCCCACCAGACCCCCCACAGCCCCAGGGGACAGCAGCAGUAUUCACGGACAGCCGGGUGGCCACCCCACCAGACCCCCCACAGCCCCAGGGGACAGCAGCAGUAUUCACAGAGCCAAACGGAGCCCAAGGAAACAAUCUGACUCAGAAUCAACUGGGAAACGGAAAGAAACGGAAAGAAGAAAGAAAGGAAGGAAGAGGUCUGCUUCUGGAGCUCAGGGCUCCCCCGGUCCACCUGGUUCCCCAGGCCCCCAGGGGCCUCCAGGUAUUCCUGGUAUCCCUGGUAUUCCUGGUAGCAACGCUGUGGGCCCCGCUGGACCUCCUGGUCGUCCCGGAACACAGGGGCCCCCCGGGCUGACGGGACCGGCAGGAUUCGUCGAUAAAACCAAAACAAGGGACUUCCAGCCUGCUGUGGUUCAUCUACAAGGACAGGAAACCACCAUUCAGGUUAAGGAAGACCUGUCUGAAGGUGUCUUGAGGAACUGGAAGAUGGUGUCGAUCCACCACCGUGUCUUCAAGAUGCACUCUCGCUCCGGACAACUGGAGGUCCUCCUGGACGGCAUCUACUUCAUAUAUAGUCAGGUAGAAGUGUACUAUCUCAACUUCACGGACAUUGCCAGCUACGAGGUGAUGGUAGACUUCACCCCCUUCCUGCGUUGUACCUGCAGCAUGGAGACGGGGCAGAGGAAGUUCAACACGUGCUACACGGCGGGGGUCAGCCUGCUGAGGGCGGGACAAAGGAUCUCCAUCAGGAUGGUCUAUGAUGACACGCUGAUCAGCAUGACCAAUCAUACUACGUUCCUGGGGAGCGUCAGGCUGGGGGAUUCCCCCUGACCAUGACCAAUACGGCACAACUUCCUGGGACAUCCUGACCAAUCAUACUGCGUUCCUGGGGAGCGUCAGGCUGGGGGAUUCCCCCUGACCAUGACCAAUACGGCACAACUUCCUGGGACAUCCUGACCAAUCAUACUGCGUUCCUGGGGCGUGUCUGUAACGACUGUCUUCGGGUGAAAGAGAGGAGGACCAAGAUGUAGCGUGAUAAUCCAUAUUUUAAUGGGAUACUUAAACAACGAACAAAACCACAAACCGAUAAAAAAGGAAUGAAGACGAAUCAGUCCCGUAGCGUGAACACUAAACACUGGAACAGGAGCAAUCACCCACAAAAUACCCACAGAAUAUGGCUGCCUAAAUAUGGUUCCCAAUCAUAGAAAACGACAGACAGCUGCCUCUGAUUGAGAACCAAUGUAGGCAACAAUAGACGUACAAAAACACCUAGAUAGGAAAACACCCCCCAUAAACAUACAAAAACACAUACAUCGCCCAUGUCACACCCUGACCUAACCAAAGUAACAAAGAAUAUUAAGGUCAGGGUGUGACAGUGUCUGGCUGGGGGAUUUCCCCCUGGCCAAUAGGUCACCACUUCCUGGCGCUCCAUGACCAAUCACACUAAGUUCCUGGGACUUCCUGACCAAUCACACCACCUUCCUGGGACUUCCUGACCAAUCACACCUCCUUCCUGGGACUUCCUGACCAAUCACACCUCCUUCCUGGGACUUCCUGACCAAUCACACCUCCUUCCUGGGACUUCCUGACCAAUCACACCUCCUUCCUGGGACUUCCUGACCAAUCACACUACGUUCCUUUUGGAGCGUCCGGCUGGGGGGGAGACUCCCACACCAGCACAUCACUAAGUAGUACAAUCAACCUUGAUCUCCGCAUCGAGACAUUAUCUCACAUUUCUUUUAGACUAAAAUUUAGUUUUCAACAGCGGGACAUUUGUAUAAAACUUUAUCUCUCUGACAUUUGCAACAUUGUUUCAAUAUUCAAAUUGGAUCUCCAUCUGUCCCGUAGUAAUGAAUCGGGAUGAGACAGACAGUCAGGCAGCAUUUCUCAACUAGUGGAAAUCAUGAAUCCGCAUCAUUUUUAUGGAUGUAUAUGAAGAAAUGUCAAUUGAAAAAAGAUCAAGUGAAAUGAAGUGCAGCUAGUUUUCAGUCUUUCCAGCUUCAGUUUGUAGUGAUUGUGUUGUUGGCUGUGUUGUUGGCUGUGCUGUUGGCUGUGUUGUUGGCUACCUCCUCUGAACAACAGUGUCCAGACGCCUCACUAUCUCAUUGUUAUUGAUGUAUACAAAUAAAUGUCACUAGAAAUCA